AACACCUGCACAACUCUCUAUUUUCCCUGGCCGAUUAUUUUCUCGCAUUCUCGUUGAUUUUCAUUUCCGCCGAAUCAGUCUCUACAUCUAUUUCUUUUGGACUUCAAAUCUACAGAUCAAAGACGGUUGAUUCCUUCCUGUUCGAUCGCUCACUUCCUUCGUUUCGACUGAUUUCUACUCUCUGGACGUUGAGAUGCCAAUUCCAAAACUCAAGGCUGCUAAUACUCUAGAUGUGAUGAAAUCAGAGGAGGGAAAUGAUUCCCUUGAUGCUGUCAUUAGACAAGCAAUCGGAAAAGAGCCUUUUCUUUCUUUCUCUAAGGCUGGGGACAGUUCAGUCCAGUUUAUUCAAUUGCUUCAAGCUUUAGAGCAGCAAGAAAUUUCUCGAACUCGCUUAGCUGGCACAAGUUCGAAGUUGGAGCCCUCACUGAACUCUACCCUCUUUGGAAAGCAUGAAACUAACAGUUAUGUACCAGAACACAACCAAAGUUGGUCUUUGCUUUCUCCCCUGAAGGUGCAGAUGCAAAAGUGCAAUAAAUGCUCCCAAGAUUUUUGUUCGCCCAUCAACUACAGGAGGCAUAUACGUGUGCACCAUCGCUUAAAAAAGCUUGCUAAGGAUUCUACUAAAAGUAGAGAUUUGUUAGGGGCAUUUUGGGACAAGCUCUCUAUGGAUGAUGCCAAAGAAGUUGUAUCAUUCAAGAAUGUAGUACUAGAGGAAGUUCCAGGGCCUUCAAUUAUAAAGGCAUUGUCGGCUCUUAUUCGAAAAUCAGGAUUUUCGUCUCUGCCACAACCUUAUCUGAAGGCUGGCUCUGAUCUUUUGGACAUUGUCCAAGGUAGACCUUUGAGGUUUCCAAUAUCUUCCGAGGAGUUAUUUAGCGUCCUUGAUCAUGCAAGUGAGAAAACAUUCUUGUCUGGACCAGCUGUAUCAAUGCAAAGACAUGUUUUUGACGGAGAGGCUGGGAAGAUAGGUCUCGAAACAAAAAACCUAGUUGCUUGUACUAGCUUUUUGUUGGAACAGAAAUUGGUUAGCGCAUGGCUUGCUGACAAGGAUGCUGAAGCUUUGAGGUUCCAGAAAUUGCUGGUGGAGGAAGAAGAAGCUGCUCAGAAAAGGCAAGCUGAGCUCUUGGAAAGGAAAAGGCAGAAGAAGCUCAGGCAGAAAGAACAAAAGGCAAAGGAACAAAGACAUGGGGAGAAGGCAGAUGUUACUGAGUGCAUUGAAGAAGUUGUGGGGGCAAUACCGCCAGCAGAAACAUUUAGUCCGGUGGCUUGUGACAUCCAUAGAGACGCUUGGGACAUGGUAAAUCAUGUACCAUUGUCUAUGGUAGAGCACUCCAACUUGGGUGGAAAUCUGGAUUCAGAACUUCAGAAAAGGUUAGAUUGCGGACAUGUUGAUAUGGGCGAUAGUUCAAAUGUCGAAAGGCACAUUGUUCAAGGAAGUGGUCGUCGGCGAAGGUGGCAAGGGUCACCAAAAUCACAAUGGGUGGCAUCCACUGGUUUUCAUGCAGAUCAGAGUUCUCAAGCAUCAAAGCUUGGAGUCACACAAAAACGUGGAAAUCAUAGGAAUACAAGGAAUGUUUCAACUAGUCAUAAAGUAUGGAGCCGGAAGGCUAAACCAGAAUAUGAUGAAGGCAUAGGACAAAAGGAGGCAUCAAAUGAACCAGAUCAAACCAAGGAAUGUGAGGUGUUAAUAGGUUCCAUAUCUGUCACGCUUGGAAAUUGCAGUCAGGAUGGACAUCAUAAUCUCUCAGAAGCUUGUGGUGCUUGCACGGAGGAGCAUCAAAUGCCAAAGAACAGUGUUCUGGAUAAUCCCAACAAGCCCGAUCUCAUUCAGAAUGGCACAAGCAGGUCAACUGUUAAGCUAUGGAGGCCGGUGAGCCGGAAUGGAACCACAAGUUCAAUGCCAGUUCUGAACAGCAAUUGGGAAUCUGAAGGAAAUGCGUUUGCUGAAAAGGGUCAUAGAGAAACCCCUAACAGUGAAAAUUGUCCAAGACCGUCUUUCUUUGAUGGUAAUUCUAGCCAUGCGAUAAAAGCUUUUCUUGCACAAAGAUGGAAGGAAGCCAUUGCAAUGGACCAUGUCAAAUUGGUUUUGACCCCAGAUUCUGAACCUGCAGACUUUUCGGAGAUUGAAAAUCAUAAUCGAGAAAUAACAUCUCAAUCAUUAAAAUUUCAUAAACGCAGUAUUCUUGGCGAUGCAGAAAACCGGCUUCUAAAUGUACAGAGUGUUGGAUCUACAACUGGUGGAGCUGCUAAAGCCAAGUUUAGGACAAAGACUGAUAAGGGUAUGAAGAUAAAGUACAUUCCCAAACAAAGAGCUCCUACUUAGUAUAGGGAAGAAGAUGGCUUUUAUUAUUAUAGUUAAUUCUUUUUUCCGUUUAUAUAGUUAUGCACAGUUUUACUAGCGGGGUGCACCCAUCACCCGCUAUGAAUUCUUUAGCAGAGGUUCCAGUUUUACCGAUGGUCUUCUGUCAGAAAACAAAGAGUUUCUUUUUUGGAAAAUGCUUAAUAGUUUCAUCUUUUUUUCUCUGGUUGUUUUAGCAGAUCAAUAUGUUAU